AUGGUUCGUAAUUCAAAUCUGUUCCACACCGACUCCGCCAAAGCGUUCUGUGCCACAGCUAGUGCGCAGAUUACCGGCACGCCCGAGAUUGAGCUCAAUCCUCAGUCAACGUAUAUAGCCAGCCAGUAUGCAUGCGCAGACUACCCGUACGACCUGAUAUAUACAGUCCUUGCAGAGGACAUCUAUCUCGGCGCUGUGUGUGCGCCGCCGUGGGUCACAAACCCAGCAUCGCUAGCUGCUUGGAGCACGUCGGCGGCGUCUCAAGUUAGCUAUGCCACGAUGCAGGAUUUCGCGGACCCUUUUGAUCAGAUCACAUAUAUUAUCACUCCUUCCAACUUCACGGUUCCGCCGUCAACAGGUAUUACUGGUUCUUCUUCCACGACCGCGAGUCCUUUACAGACAGUGCAGAUACCGACCACGGCAACAGUGUCGAGUAGUAGCACUUCUGCGGCUGUGAAAUGGGCAGUUCCGUAUAUUUAUAUUUAUUCUUUGUUAGCUACUGGACAUUUCUUGCUGUAUGCAAACCUUUGA